GUCCGCGGGUGACCACCGGGACGCGGGCCAAGGGGCCCGCAAGGAAGAAAUUAAUGAUCCUAAGGAAAUAUGCAUGGGUGUUUCUGACAUUGCCUACCAAAACCAGCAGAAACAGAGUGGUGAUAGUGCAUCAGACAGUCAAUUAACACACCCAAGAGAGGACAGGGAUGAUCGGGGCCCCAGAAUGACUAAACAUUUCCUGCAGAAACUCUGCAAGCAACACAAGCUUUACAUCACCCCAGAGUUGAAUGAUACUCUGUAUUUGCACUUCAAAGGUUUUGACCGCAUCGAGAACCUGCAGGAGUACACGGGCCUGCGCUGUCUCUGGCUGGAGUGCAAUGGGAUACAGAAGAUCGAGAACCUGGAGGCGCAAACAGAACUGCGUUGCCUCUUCUUGCAAGUGAACCUACUUCAUAAGAUUGAGAACCUGGAGCCUCUGCAGAAACUGGAUGCUCUUAACCUGAGCAACAAUUACAUCAAGACCAUCGAGAACCUCUCCUGCCUCCCCGUGCUGAACACACUGCAGAUGGCCCACAACCACCUGGAGACCGUGGAGGACAUUCAGCACCUGAGGGACUGCGCAAAGCUUUGCGUCCUUGACCUUUCCCAUAACAGACUGAGGGACCCGGAGAUCCUGGGCAUCCUGGAGAGCAUGCCUGACCUGGUGAGAACCAGAGGAAGCACACGUGUGCUGAAUUUGAUGGGAAACCCAGUUAUCAAGCACAUUCCUAAUUAUCGAAAGACAGUCACUGUUCGCCUGAAGCACCUGACCUACCUGGAUGACAGACCAGUUUUUCCAAAGGACAGGGCCUGUGCGGAGGCCUGGGCCCGGGGAGGGUACGCGGCCGAGAAGGAGGAGAGGCAGCUGUGGGAGAGCAGGGAGCGGAAGAAGAUCGAGGACAGCCUGGAGGCCUUGGCCAUGAUCAAGCGGCGGGCUGAGGAGAGGAGGAGAGAGAAAGAAGGGGAGAAGCCAUCUCUAGACAGUGGGGACAGAAAGGAGGAGGCUCCACUGGACGGAGAAACACAACAGAAAAUGGAGUUAUUUGUGAAAGAAAGCUUCGAGGCCAAGGAUGAGCUGUUCCCGGAGAAGCCGAGUGGAGGAGAGGGGUGGCCUGCAGAGGGGACGGAAGCCAAGGAGCCAAUGGGGAGCCUUCCCGCGCAGGCCCCAGCACCCCCAGAAGCAGCCAGGGGAGAGUCAGCCUCCCAGGUGGCAGAGACUGCAGGUGUGUUGGUGACGGAACUCAGUGGGCCUGGAACUGAAGCUUCAGCCACCACGAAGCCAGAGGCCCAGGAGAAGUUCUUCAUGGAUGACCUGCCGGACCUGGAAGACGUGGAGGACACAGGCGCAUCUCUGGAAGUCCAGGACAAGGUUGAAAGGUGCUCUCCAAAGAUUGAGGCCAUCUCGAGCUUGAGUGACAACGGUGACCCUGACCUGGACAAUGUGUCUCCAGAGCUGGAGAGCAGGCCCACAGACACCCAGCCACACAUAUUCGCAGUCUCUAGAGGUACCUCGAAGGAGGCCGAGACCCCUUUUGCAAACAUACUUAAGAAAGAAACUAUAAAGGCCUUGGGAACCCCCAGUCAAGUCCCCGAGUCCCCAAGGGUGCUUAUUCAGGAGAUUAGUGGCCAUGAGACCUCGAGCCAACUCCUUGUGCCCUCCUGCUGGAGCGACGCUGCUUCUGUUCCUUCCAGCGAGAGUGGAGACAGACACCUCCCUGCAGCCCCUCCACCAGGUAAGGCCACUGUGUUGCAGUCCACGGCGCUGCUGGGCAUGCUGAGCCGUGAAGGCUGGGUGGGCCCAGGGAGCUCGCCCUGGGAAUCCUAGGUUCCUGGGAAGGGCCGCAAGGACACACCAGGAAACCUCUGCAGAUCACAUCUCCAAGUCUGUGACUGAAGCUCUGCUGUGGGCAUCACCUGGAUAAGCCCCCAAUGUACCAUUCUUGGGCGGUGACCUGCGUAUCACUUUAUCACCAGGCAUGCAGUCCCUAGUGGGGGUUUCGCAGGGCUGGGGGGCCAAGGAGCCUGCACCUCCAUACUCUCUCAUCACCCCACCCUUCCUGGUCCUUCCAGACCACGGCUUCUGGAGGGGCUGUGGAGGCUGGGCAGCGCUAGGCUGGCACGAAGGUGUGCCUGCUCCCACUGCACACGGGUGACAGGUCCCAUGCCUGCUGCCCUGCUCAGGAGAUGGAGGUGGGAGGGGACAGUGCCGGGCAGCCUGGCCUGCAGGCAGGAAGGAGAGGCAGGCUCCAUUCCAAUCCCCACUGGCCUCUCUCUUCAGCAGACUGGACUGGAAAGAAUGAAGAGCAGAACAAGGAGUCCGGUGGGGGGACAGGCCGGGAGGACAUUGAAUUUGGCUUGGACUGAAUCCAAGAUGGCCCCUGUACCAUCAGACUCAUGGGGUCAGGAAGCAGGCGUGGUCACCCCCUCUACCCAAGUACUGCUGCUGCAGCCUGCCGAGAUGGGGGCUCCUGUCCUUUGCACCACGCCAUGCGUCAACUCCCCGUUACCUGUAGUAUACACUGUAAUUGCAAACGUCUAUUAGCAUAAUAAAUGUUUUAGCAGCCAUAUUCCUGCAA